AUGGCCCCUUCCCUCGUCACCAUCGACUCCUCUGAGCCUCUAGACAAGAUCUACAAGAUCAUCGAGCGAGAUGGCGGCGUUAUCGUCUCCAACUUCCUCUCGCCCCAGCUCUUGAAGGAGUGCAUGGACGCGAUUGAGCCGUAUCUCAAAGGCCGCAAGACCUACGACUCCAAGGCCACACAUGAAGAGCUAGGUCCUGACUUCUUCCCCGAGGGCUCCCAGCGAGUCUACGCCCUUCUCUCCAAGAUCCCAGAUCAACUUGUCAAGAUCAUGCGCCUCCCCGUUUGGCAGGGAAUUAUGGGCCAAUUUCUGAAUGACGAAUUCUCAUCCUACACCGGCGACAGACUCGUCCCUCAGAAGAGCGGCUAUAUGCUCGCUUCAACCGCAGCUCUCCGUCUAGUCCCUGGAGCAAAGCCCCAGCCCCUGCACAGGGACCAAAUCGCCUACCAAACUCGCCCCGACCCGACCAACCCCUUCUUUACCCCCAUGGUGGGCUGCCUAAUUGCAGGAUCUAAGACAACAUACAAGAAUGGGGCCACCGCCGUUAUCCCCGGCAGCCACCUGUGGGGCCCAGACCGAAUGCCCAAGCUUGAGGAGUGCACAUACGCGGAGAUGGAGCCCGGCUCUGCGCUUUUCACGCUGGGCUCAACGUAUCACGGCGCGGGCGAGAAUAAAUGCGAGAAGGACUACCCCUUGGCUCUGCGCACAUUAUUCGCCGUCUUCGGCCAACGAGACUACUUCCGCCAAGACCAAGAAGAGGUCCUCUCCACGCCCCUAGAGAUCGCCCGCCGCCUCCCAGAGGACAUCCUAAAGCUAGCUGGAUACCACAAAGCAGUCGGCGGCGUCGGGUACGUCGAAGACCACCAGAGCCCGCACGAGUUCCUGCACAGGGAGGACCUGGGGACGGGGAAGUUUGGGGUUGCGAGCUUGGCUGUUUGA